ACGUAGUUGAAUCAUAUGAUUAAUGAAAAAAUUUCAUUGAACGUAUCUCGGGACUUCUAUUCAUUUCAUUCGAUCAAGUGACGGAAUAUUUUUUUUUCUCGUCGGAGUUGAGGUGUUACUCCCAAUAGUGAAUCUUUCUCAUUGUGUGAUCGAAAACUGGUGUGUUUCGAUUCGUAUAUUUAAAUUAGUUUUUACAAACAACCCAGGCACAAUAAAAUCAGCGCAAAAUGGCUUUAAGCGAUGCAGACGUUCAGAAACAGAUCAAACACAUGAUGGCCUUCAUUGAGCAAGAAGCCAAUGAAAAGGCCGAAGAGAUCGAUGCUAAAGCCGAAGAAGAAUUUAACAUCGAAAAAGGACGUUUGGUUCAACAACAACGCCUUAAGAUCAUGGAAUACUACGAAAAGAAAGAGAAACAAGUCGAACUACAAAAGAAAAUCCAAUCGUCUAACAUGCUCAAUCAGGCCCGUUUGAAGGUACUGAAAGUACGCGAGGACCAUGUCAGCAGUGUGUUGGACGAGGCUCGUCGACGAUUGGGUGAAGUAACGAAAGACUCAGCGAAGUACUCCGAGGUUCUGUUGACGUUGAUCGUUCAAGGAUUGUUUCAAAUCAUGGAACCGAAUACGUUAAUCAAAACCCGUCAGGUCGACCAGGAAUUGGUGCAGAGUCUGUUGCCCAAGGCUGUCGAACAGUACAAAGCGAAAAUGGGCAAAGACGUUUCGUUGAAAUUGGACACCACAAGUUUUCUUGGUGCUGACACAUGCGGCGGCGUAGAAUUAUCCGCCUUGAACGGACGCAUCCGAGUUCCCAACACGUUGGAAUCGCGUUUGGAACUCAUUGCUCAGCAAUUGGUGCCUGAGAUUCGUCAGGCCCUAUUCGGACGCAAUCUUAAUCGCAAAUUCGCCGAUUAAAAUCACAAUUUAAACACACACACAAACAAGAAAAAAAACUAUUUAAAAUUUCGAUGCUUACCAUUUCUGUUUGGUCAUUUUGAAUGCUGGAUGUGAAUGGUAGGUUUGACUUUAAUUAAAAAAUAAAAAAAAAAAAAUUAAAAAAAUAUUAGAGAGAAAAAACCAUUUACACAUUCCUUCUAUAAAAUAAUUAAAACAUUUUUCGUAUUUUUUGUUCUUGGAAUGAUAGGCAGGUCCGUGUACUAUGUCAGUUAAACAAAAGAAUUUUAAUUGUAUUCAGAUGAAGAAAAAAAUUGUUACAGUCCCUUAAACGCAACUAAAUUAAUGCAAAAAUCAAGUUUCGCAUUGUCGCUUCGUCUUUUUUUUUUAAAUUUGGUUUUUAUUCCUGCCGCUUCAACAAAUCCAUUUCAAUCAACCUUCAACCAAUCACAGAGUGAUCCAAUUCUCAAGUAACUAAAUUCGACAUAUUUGUCUCAGCAUCUUUGCUUCGCAUUCACCAAAAUACGAUAUCUCCAUCACUCGCAACAAUAUUUUGGAUACAUUCUUCUGGACAAUCUUUUAUCCAAUACAUUUUGUCCAUCCGGACUUCCCGCUUCCGGAUUCGAGUUUUUUUUUUUUAUUAUUUUGCUGAUCGUGAAGCGAAUUGACAAAAAUGGAAUUUAGUUAAUUGAUUGCAAUUAUCGAUCGUGUGGCUGCAAUGUUCGACGUUUUUCUGUAUUCAAAAUAACGACCCCCGACAAUCUGACCUUGAAUAUUGCAGUUACAUUUAGCUCUCAGCGAGAGAGUGUAAGAGACCGGAUUGAAUGUCAAAUAUAUUUGCGGUUUUCUCUUCUAAAUUUGAUCCUGUUGACAAUUUAAAAAUGAAUGGAACAUUAAAUCAGGAAAUUCAUUUUUCCUCGACUCGUCAAAGUUCGGACAAAAUCGUUUGCAUAUUUACAUUCAAUCGGACGGAAUUUAUAAUCGCCCCGCGCAUCCCGUUAGUGAAUAUGGAUUUGUUGCGGUUUUAUCGAUGUUAUACUGCGCAGUAGAUUUAGUUUUUCGUUCGAUUUCCGUUGAUAAAAUUGAUACAGUGUCAGAGGUCGUCGACUUUAUAAUGGUCUCCGCCGCAGUCGGCGUUCCUUGGGAACGUAAUAUGUUCUGCUUUGGAAACGUAACUUUAAGAAUUAAUUUUUGAGGCAUACCACUAAACUGUUAACUGUGUAGCAUAUAUUUACCGAAACCAAAAUUUAAUGAGAAAAACAAAAAUAAAUUGUAGCCAGAUUCAAGUAAACAUUAAAGUAAAUUGAUAAAAUUGAUGAAAACAUUUGAGAUGAGAAACGUUAUAUUAAAAGCAAAAAAUUGUUAAACAAAAGACAACAAAAAAUAAAUUUAAUAAGAUUAUCAGAAUCAGUCAUUAUAAUCAUAUUAUUAUGGUGUAAAUAUGUAUAGGUGUGAAUAAAACAAACAAAAAAAUCAAAUAAAAA